CGUGUCUAUUCGUGCUUCUUCGUUUUGUGACGUUCGACGUCGACGUGUUGACAUUUUCAUACCAUUUCACUUUUUACUUACGUGUCAAACAAGCGAGCCUUGUGCGCUUCGGCACAUUUAAUUUUAGGAUUUAAUUGACAAAUAUAACUAAUAAUAAAUAAAAAUGGCACCUAAACAGAGGAUGCGCAUCGCCAACGAGAUUGCCAGCAAAAACAUCACGCAGCGAGGCAAUGUACCCAAAACAACCAAGGAAAAGGAAGACCAGUAUCCAGUAGCUCCCUGGCUCCUAGCUCUGUUCAUCUUCGUAGUAUGCGGCUCGGCUGUCUUCCAAAUAAUCCAGUCCAUUCGAUUGGCCUAAACCCAUAGGCUCCCCAACGUGGCUUGAGUUGUUUCUACUCGCCGUCAGAUGUCGUGUGUCGUUGUGUGCUAUGGGAUAGUGGCUGUAACUUUAGUUACAUUUUCAAAUGUGUGGCGGCGCUUUUAUCGCAAUCUGGAGUUAUUAUAUAGGUGUUUGUUAAUAUUUUUACUAGAAUUUAUCUAAAUACACCUUUAAAACGACAUCUGGCGGUCUUAUCACGUUAAUAUUAUUAUAAUACCAGUUUUGCCAAAAUAAGUAAUUUUUUGGGUGCUUCGGCUGAUUUAUUUGGCCUGAUUAGAAAAUGUUACACCAGCCGAGUUGUGAGUUAAGUUGGUGACUUAAUCAUUCCAAUUUUUAACACUUGCCAAUUUAAAUGUUCAUUCAUCUGUCACCUCCAUUUUUUACUGACUUUAUUAGACUAGGUAUGUGACUAUUUCUCAAGUUGUAAAAAAACCUAGAAAUAUGUUGUCACUUUAAUUCAAGAAUCGCUCAAGCCACUAUCCCAUAGUAAAUGUGAUAUAUAGUAGCUUUUUUGUACACUGUUACACGCCUUGUAACUAAGGAUACAGGUCCUAUUAGACUUGUAUUUUUGUCUACAAGUUUUGUAAUCAAGUGUAUAUUAACGUUAUACUGUGCGUCUCUCUGUAGCUUACAAAGUUGCAUCUUUAUCUAGUAGUAAGCGCAGAAAUGCAUAAUAUAAUCUCAAUCUUCAAAUGUACGAACUAUAUUCUUGUAUAUUGUAAAAUAAAAUUACGAAUUCAAGCAUUUAGUGAAUGAUAUUCGAGAUUCCAUUCCGUUGUAUCGAAUAAUUUGACGCACAAGGAUGUGUUUGCAUUAUGUGUUACAUUUUUUAAACCUACGUAUGAAAUUAUUUUACCGCCACUAGGAUUACAGGAAUUAGUGGGUCUAUUUUUAAUUAAUUGUAAUUUAUUUGAAAUGAAAUACAGUAUAUUUGUCUCUUA